UCGCAUCUUCCGUUUUGCCCCACGCGCCUCACAAAACUGACCAGCCUGCAGCAGUCGAAGCCAUAUCCUCAGCUCCUAAUCCCAGGCCCAAGCAACAGUCGUGGUUCCGGUUAUGGCUAGAGUACGGCAAGUGUAGCGUGCCGUGUUGCCAGUCUCAGUAGCCUGUAAGAGCGGGAUUUACGCGGGUAGCGAUACGACCGGCGUUCACGGCGAGGCGAGGGUCGCGUCAAUGUCGGGGUGGGAGGGCGAGGAGGCGGCGGGCGGGCGCGCGUGCUACUUCCAUCGCGACCUGAAGCGCAGUAGCUACGGCGGCGACGUGAGCUGCCUGCAGGAGUACCUUCGCUCCGAGGGAUUUCUCUACGAGGAGCCGUCGGGGUACUUCGGCACGGCAACUGAGGAGGCCGUCAUUAAAUGGCAGACAACGAACUCGCUGGUGCCAGCGCGGGGCAUUCUGGGGUACUCGUCGCGAGUGGCGUACGCCAGGAAGCACGGGCUGCCCACCACGGAGCAGCUCAGAGCCAUGGAGAAGGCUGCCGAGGGCUGUGAGGUGCGGCGGUGCAUAGAGGUUGACUCGCACAAGAAAAACGGCAUGGAGCUCUGGGAGCGAUGCCUAGCGCGGACAAGAAGGCGGAGGUGAUUGAGUUCUGUUGUGAGCUGGUGGGAAACCAGGAGAUUUUCCGCACCAAGCGGUGCAAGGAGGAUGCUUCCUUCUCUGAUCGCAUGCACCUCUGCAGUGAAGCAUGCCAAAUGGCAGUCAGUGAGGCAUGUGAUAAGGCUUUCCCCACAAGCCAAAAUAGUGACUACAAGAAGUGCCUCAGCCUGAUUCCAAGAAAUUGCCUCGACGCGUGUCGCAACAUUCUCAAGCCGAAAGACAAAUGACAUGCCUAAUCGCUCGCACUAGGUUUAGUCUAACCCAUUGUAGCGAAUUGCCUUAGCAUCAUUUCUGUAGGCUUGUUUGCACGGAUUCGCAUUGAAAUGCAUUUCUAGUUUACAUCUAGAACUAGCUUUGUGUAGGU